AAUAAAAAGAAAAUUACCAAAAUUGGCUUUCAAGAAAAGGAGGGAAAGAAAAUACGGAUAGUUCGGAAAUUUAAGGAUAAAAAAGAAAAAUUUCAACAUUCUUCACCAAUGCAAACCACAGAUAUUGAGAAAAUAGUUCUCAAUAGUGGUGUCAGUCAAGCAGUUAAUAACAAACAAUUGUUAGAUAAUACCGAAAAGGUGCUUAUUCAGAUCGCUCAUGGGCAAAAGCCAGUUGUUACUUAUGCCCGCAAAUCGAUUACUGGCUUCAAAUUACGGGAGGGAAUGCCAAUUGGUUUUUCCGUGAAAAAGUUCGACCAAAAAGGAAAUUAUAACUUGGGGAUAAAUGACUUAAACAUUUUUUCGACAGUUCCUUAUGAUUUAACUUUCAAAAAUCAAGGAGUUCAAGUUACAAUUGUUUUCAAGUCUUCUUUGACAGAAGAAAAUGCUCAGCACUUAAUCAUACCCUUAGCCAAUCCGGAGGGAAAACUCGUGGCUUUGGCAGCUCGAAAAGUUGGUGAAAUAACGCCGGGAGAAGGAAAAUACAAAUACUUACCUAGUUAUCAACAUUAUCAAAAAUCCUCCUUAAUAUACAAUUAUGCGGCAGUAAAAAAAACUCGGAAAGAAGAAUGUUAUUUAGUAGAAGGUUUUUUUGAUGUCAUUAGCUUGACCAAAUUAGGAGUGGAAAAUUGCCUGGCUUUGUUGGGAACUAAUUUAUCUGAAGAACAAGUCAAGCUUUUAACUGAUUUAAAAAAACGAAUUAUUCUCUUUUUAGAUAGUGAUAGAGCAGGGCAGGAAGCCACCAUUAAUGUGACCGAAAAGGAAUUAGAAAAAUUGGGCGAGGAAAAAAUCACCGAAGGCAAGAAAGCUAUUCGCUUUCUCCUUCAUUAUAAUCAAAAUCUAGUCAAGUAUAUUGUUAAGGGUUAUUCUUCUUUUAACAGAAAAAUUGACCACGAAGAAUUGACGGCGGAAGGAAUUUCUUCUUUACCAAAAGCUAUUGAAAAAUUUGACUUGAAUAGUAAAAAUCGCUUUGCUACUUAUGCUGCACAAGAAAAAAAAAGUGUAAUUUAUUAUGACAGUAAUUAUCAAAAUGAGGAUAAAGAGAGUAAAUCCUAUUCGCUAUUAGAGACCUUGCAUGACGAUGAAAAUGCUGAAUUGACCGCUAAUCAGGUUCGUCACCAAGAUACUAUAAUUCAGACCAAUAACCUAAUUAAUGCCUUAGGAAAUCAGGAAAUGAUUUUGUUAGUUCGCUUACUCUAUAAGAUAAAACCUUCUAAUUUACUAGACAUUUAUUUCUUGGCGACCGAAGAAGAAAAAAGAGAAUUAAAGAAAAAAAUGAAGUUGGCCGAUAAAUCCAAUCCCGAAUUACUCCAAAAAUACUCUUGUGAAGAAAAAAAGGUCCACGGUCUACCACUGGUGAAAAAUUAUUUAUCAUUAUUCAUAAAAAGUUAUAGAUUUUCCGAGUUAAGUAAAAUCCUCGGUAAGUCAGAAAAUGUUGCUCGUCGGUUAAAACAAGAAAGCUUCAAAAAACUGCAAAAACUGGCUAAGGAAAGAAAACUUCACCUUCUGAUUGAAUAA